GGUUGACAAGGGCAGGCGCCCCGGGGAAGUAGGAGCAGGGGCGCCGGUGAGCCCAGCCGCAGCCGCAGCCUAGCCCCGAGGGAGGGAGGAGGAGCCGAGGGAGACGCGGGACCCGGAGCCCCGCGGGCCACCGCCCCUGCCGGCCGCGCAGCUGGGAGGAUGCGGACGGCAGCGAGAGCGUGCGCGGCCACGUGACGGCCGCUAUAAGAGCGCACGGGGCAGACGCUCGGCUCCCCGCCGUGCCUCCUCGCUGGCCGCGCUCCCUCCCGGUGCCGGCUUCUCUGAGCCACCAACCUGCGGCUGCCCCGGCCGCCUGCGCACCCGGCAGCACCAUGACAGAUCAGGCCUUUGUGACACUAACCACAAACGAUGCCUAUGCCAAAGGUGCCCUGGUCCUGGGAUCAUCUCUGAAACAGCACAGGACCACCAGGAGGCUGGUCGUGCUCGCCACCCCUCAGGUCUCAGACUCCAUGAGAAAAGUUUUAGAGACAGUCUUUGAUGAAGUCAUCAUGGUAGAUGUCUUGGACAGUGGCGAUUCUGCUCAUCUAACCUUAAUGAAGAGGCCAGAGUUGGGUGUCACGCUGACAAAGCUCCACUGCUGGUCGCUUACACAGUAUUCAAAAUGUGUAUUCAUGGAUGCAGAUACUCUGGUCCUAGCAAAUAUUGAUGAUCUUUUUGAGAGAGAAGAAUUGUCAGCAGCACCAGACCCAGGGUGGCCUGACUGCUUCAAUUCCGGAGUCUUCGUUUAUCAGCCUUCAGUUGAAACAUAUAAUCAGCUGUUGCAUCUUGCUUCUGAGCAAGGUAGUUUUGAUGGUGGGGACCAAGGCAUACUGAACACAUUUUUUAGCAGCUGGGCAACAACAGAUAUCAGAAAACACCUGCCGUUUAUUUAUAACCUAAGCAGCAUCUCUAUAUACUCCUACCUCCCGGCAUUUAAAGUGUUUGGUGCAAGUGCCAAAGUUGUGCAUUUCCUGGGACGAGUCAAACCAUGGAAUUAUACUUAUGAUCCCAAAACAAAAAGUGUCAAAAGUGAGGCCCAUGAUCCCAACAUGACUCAUCCAGAGUUUCUCAUCCUGUGGUGGAACAUCUUUACCACCAACGUUUUACCUCUGCUUCAACAAUUUGGCCUUGUCAAAGACACCUGCUCAUAUGUAAAUGUGGAAGAUGUCUCAGGAGCCAUAUCACAUCUGUCCCUUGGGGAGAUCCCAGCUAUGGCACAGCCGUUUGUAUCCUCGGAAGAACGGAAGGAACGAUGGGAACAGGGCCAGGCUGAUUAUAUGGGAGCAGAUUCCUUUGACAACAUCAAGAGGAAACUUGACACUUACCUCCAGUAGAAACACUGCAUUUUUCUGUGAACACAUCCACUUCACAAGCCUUGUUUCUGAUACUUAGUAUCUAGAGCUGGGUUGAGAAAAGUCUGUUACAGUUGCUAGAGGUUUUCAUUAAAACUUAUCAGAUGAGAGGCUUUUUUAGGAUAAGAGGUGAGAACUGGGCAAAAGUUGUGAAGCAGCAAUUCUGUUAUAUGGACAGUGUUCUGCUUUUUAAUCCUAUUUAGCUUGUUUCAGAAAUUCUCACUUUUGUUGACUGCCAACAUAUAAAGUAAGGGAAACUCAAGAUAUUAAGAUGGCUGUAUCAGUUCUUAAAAUCUGCAGAGCCUGGUUCAAAAUCAGUCACUCCCUUCAGAAGCAGACAUGGCAUCUGUUCCUUGCUUGCUUGUUGGUUGUGUACCUUUCACGAGACCUGAAUUUUAGAAUUGCCCAGUGCUGCCAGAGUGAGUGAUUGUAAUUCUCCUUUCAGGUAAAGAUAGGCUAUCUCAACACUGCUGAGUGAUUCAUAAACAUAUCAACCAAUAGCAUUAACCCAUUUUAUUUCCUGUUCUUAGUGUCUGAAGAUGCUCACCAGUUUUCUGUGUACAGUAAGGCAGCAUGCUAAAAUGCUUUUGUUCAGUUCUGUAUAUUUGAAAAUAGCAGUGUGUUCUCUGAUGGUAACCUGCAGUGGCACCCUGUACAAAAAAUAAAAGACUUAUUGCUGUA